AAAAAAAAGUCGUAUUCUAAUCAAAGAUUUGUUUUUCUAUGGAUUGAUGUUUUCUGUAGGAUACGAAUAAAAAAAAAAUGGCCUAGUGUUGUUUCAAUACUCAUUUAACGCACAAAACGCAUUUUACACAAUGGAAGCCGAUUCAACUACUUAUGAAAAUACGUAUCAUGCAAAUACAAAAGUUGCAGAUUCUCUUCCUUUCACGAUCUGCCCAGGAAACUAUAAAUUAUAUCAAGAUUUUAUCGAAGAUAAUGUAGAGAAGAACAUAGAAUAUCAGAUCGUUGAAAGACUCCAGCAAUUCGGUUUAUUGCCGAAUACAGUCAAAUGUCCAUCAUCCAAUCCUGAUUGCAAUGUAGUUUGCAAAGUUGCGCGUGUUAUAGACAGAGUGCAGUGGGUUUGUGCGGGAUGUGGGAAAAGACAACCAAUUAGAAUAGGUUCAUUUUUCUUCAAGCUGCAGUGUUCUAUACUACAAGUUCUUCAGAUGACUCUAGCAUGGUGUGAGGAUGUGGAUAUUACUGUUGCAUUACAACAUUUUGAUGUCAAGCCAAAAGUUGCAAUAUCUAUCUAUGAUCGACUUGAUGAGUUGGCUAUAAAGGAGCUAAACAGACAAAAAUUGGGUGGUGAGAACAGUGUUGUCAUGGCAGAGAUGUAUCCAGAUUGUCUGAACCGCUUAUCACCAGAUACAACUGACCAGCCUCAUGUGCAUAGGAUAUUAAUGCUGGCAGACACUAAACAUAUAUCAACAUAUUAUCGGCUACAUGUUAUAAAGGGUGAUCCAAAGAACUUGCAUAGUGAUAAUAUGGAUGAUGAUGAGAUACUCAAAUCGGAAGUAGAGAUGGUACUAAGUAAUAUGACUGAACCAGGAUCUAUGAUAGUGUUGGGCAACAAUGUACCCAGCAUAGACGGAUGUGUCAGCUACCAGAAUCUUGUACAACACUGUGAUGUGGACAUGCAGAGAUUUUUGAGUUCUCGCGUGUGGCGUCAAGCGCUGACACUGUGUGCAGCUUCGCGGGACCUGUGCGUGGCGGGGACGGGGGCGGGGGUGGCAUCGGGGGCCAAUGUGGGCGUGACGGGGGCGGGGGCAGGUGUGGGGGCGGCGGCGUGCGCGCUCGCCGUGCAGCGCUACCUCGAUGCUUCGCUUUACCGUCUGCGAUACGAAGACGGUUUCUACGAUCACAUACUCAAACUUAUAUCAGCAGAGUUCACCGAAACCUCAGCCAGUGAUGCAAAUUAGAUUAAGGAUUUAUUUAUCUUACUAAUAUUUUAAUGUGAAAGUUAAAAUGGAUGGAUGUUUGUUAGAGUUUGUCGCCUAAAUUGCUUAACGGAUUUUGAUG